AUGGGUGACCCACCGCUCAUCAACCCACAACUGUCGGAUACCGGUCGAGACUCCGAGAUCGAUUCCGGAGGAGGACGUGGCGGCGGAGGCGGCGCGGAAGGUGGCGGAGGGGGUGGCGGAGGUAGUGGAGGUGGAUCCAGUGAUGUCGGACCAAGCGGAAAGGGGCCUAGCGGAAAGGGGCCUAGCGGAAAGGGGCCUAGCGGAGGGGGACCAAGCGGAAGCAGACCGAGUGGAAGUGGACCGAGCGGAGCAGGCGGAACCGGUGGGUCCGGAACCGGGCGAGGCGGCCCUUCCCAUGUUCCCGACCCCGCCCGUGUUCCUGCCCCCACCCCUGUUCCCGUUCUCGUUCCUCCUCCAGUCUCCGUCGUGCUGGUGACGCCGAGACCAAAGCCUCCACCCAGCGAGUUGAUCUGCACGGUCGGCAGCUUCGCGCUCUUCCCCUACAUGUACCCGCCGGACGACCUCUGCAACUACGUGUUCUACACCGACGUCGUGGUGGUCAAGAACUCGCUGUACGGCAUCGAGGCGGACGCCAGCUGGAAGCAGUUCAAGAAGCACAUGAAGACCUACACCGUGACGCAAGGCGGGAUUAGCUUCGACGUCCGCUAUUUGGUACCCCAGAAGAUGGAUCACAAGGUUCUGCAACGGGAACUCACCAAUCUGGCAGCGGACAACAUAAAGCACUACGGCGUACUCAAACUAUUAGGACGGCUUACCACGCUGGAUACAUACAUGAGUAACGCCAUACGUGUGCUUGAAAUAUUAAGAGCGUCUCAAACGAUCAACGCCAGGAUCGUAAUGGCAAUCGGCUUGUACGAUUACGCCGAGCCGAACGCCUGGGAGCGCUACCGCUCCGAGAUUACCAAAGCCGUCGAACAAACGAAGGCUGACACGGUCAUAGCCAUCAGUUCCACGGGCUGGAUAGAGAACGUAAAGAAGUGCUUCUCCGCUCCGACUUCCAUGUUCGACUACAAGAGACUCACCGAUCCGCAGAGAACAGCUGCGAUGUCCUACCCCGACCUUAACACCCAAGGGUACCUGGCCACCUUGAGGUACACCAAGAACACCACCAGGUUGGGUCUCUCUCUGGAGAUGGGCACGCUGCUGUACGUGCUGAACGGAACCAAAAGUGAUAUCGAUAAAAGGGCGUACCACCAGUGCAAGAACUUCUACCUCACACAAUUAGACACCGUGGACUGUCAAGGUUAUACAGUCAGCACCUUGCUCCCUGGUGGCAUGAAAAUAGGCUCGCCGCAAACUCGUAACGACAUACUUCUCAGUUGGGAGGACGAAGACUCAUUAACAGAUAAGCUGGACGCCCUCAAGAAGUCCGGCAAAUUUCGCGAAGGCUGGUCGUGGCUUCUUUACAACGUUCACCUCGGGGACAUCUCCAAGAGAUGCUCGGUAGACCCUUUCGAGCGGGUCCAGUUCCUCAAAGAUCGUCUGAUUGCGCCUGACUGAGUCUUCGGAGCGUGGUGGUUGGACUUGUUUUUGGGGUGUGCGGUUUACAUCUGUUCGCUUGUGGGACGAUACAGACCGUGCCAGCGAAAGAAGCUUUGAGUCGUCUGUGAUGUGCUAGAUACAUUUUGUUAUUGGAACGAAGCACUUUUUUUACUUGUUUUGUAAGAGAAAAUAGCCACCCGCUCCCCCGGGAGGCAAUAGCAAGAUGUCGCCGAAUUCGUGAUGCUGUUAGCCUCGGCGCUCAUUGUGGCAGCGAUGUAUCAGACCUAUACAGGAAGCAAGCAAACACCUGUUCACUUGCUUCCCCUGUUCUCCAUGUCCUCUAGUCGCCCACGUGUUUAUCACGAUAUGUAGCCGCAUCUGGGGUCGUCCGACUUCGUCAGACAGCUCACGUUUCAAGCCUCAUACUUGUCUUUCCUACAUGGUUGAUAAAUACACUCUUAUGCAAAGUUACACCCUUUGGUUUGUAUCUCUGCCACACAACAAUCGUCAUCUGCCUUGCUUGCGUUUCCUUUCUUGAAAACGCCG